AUGCACACCGCCAUCUUGGCCCCGCCCCGCCGGGUCACGUGCGGGGCGCGCGGGGCGGUCACGUGCGGGGCCCGGUCACGGCGGGGCGCGGUCACGUGGCGCGCGGGCCCGGUUGCCAUGGCGAGCGCGGCGCUGAGGCCGCUGCGGCUGUGCUGGGCCCUGGGCCCGCUGUGCCUCUGCUGCGCCCUGCGCCCCGCCGCCGCCGCCACCAACAUCCUCCUCCUCCUCAUGGACGACAUGGGCUGGGGGGAUUUGGGAGCUUUCGGAGAGCCUUCUAAGGAAACCCCUAACCUAGACCAGAUGGCUGCAGAAGGGAUGCUUUUCCUGGAUUUUUAUACUGCCAGCCCCCUCUGCUCUCCCUCAAGGGCAGCGCUGCUGACGGGCCGGCUCCCGGUCAGGAAUGGCUUUUACACCACAAAUGGCCACGCCAGGAACGCGUACACACCACAGGAUAUAGUAGGAGGAAUCCCAGAUUCUGAAUUACUGCUUCCAGAGCUCCUGAAGAAAGCUGGUUACACCAAUAAGAUCAUUGGCAAAUGGCACCUGGGGCACCGGCCGCAGUUCCACCCGCUGAAGCACGGCUUCCACGAGUGGUUCGGGUCCCCAAACUGCCACUUCGGGCCCUACGACAACAGGGAGCGCCCCAACAUCCCCGUGUACAGGGACUGGGAGAUGGUUGGCAGAUACUACGAAGAUUUCAAAAUUGAUCUGAAGACAGGUGAAGCCAACUUGACUCAGCUCUACCUGCAGGAAGCUCUGGAUUUUAUUAGCAAGCAGCAGGCCAGCCAGAAACCAUUCUUUUUAUACUGGGCAAUUGAUGCUACCCACGCUCCUGUUUAUGCCUCCAAACAGUUCCUGGGCACGAGUCAGAGGGGGCUGUAUGGAGAUGCCGUGCGGGAAAUCGAUGACAGCGUUGGGAAAAUCCUGAAGCACCUCCAGCAGCUGGGGAUCAGUGAGAACACCUUUGUGUUCUUCACCUCUGAUAACGGGGCUGCUCUCAUUUCAGCUCCCAAACAAGGAGGAAGCAAUGGGCCUUUCCUGUGUGGCAAACAAACCACCUUCGAGGGUGGCAUGAGGGAGCCGGCCAUCGCCUGGUGGCCCGGCCACAUCCCUGCAGGAGGGGUCAGCCAUCAGCUGGGCAGCGUGAUGGAUCUGUUCAGCACCAGCCUCUCCCUGGCGGGUCUGCAGCCUCCCAGUGACAGACAGAUUGAUGGCAUCGACCUUUUACCUGUCAUGCUGCAGGGCAAGCUAAUUGACAGGCCCAUUUUCUAUUAUCGUGGCAACGAGCUGAUGGCGGUGAGAGCUGGGCUUUACAAAGCUCACUUCUGGACCUGGAGCAACUCCUGGGAGGAGCAGAGCAAGGGCAUCGAUUUCUGUCCUGGCCAGAGCGUGGCUGGAGUGACCACACACACCCAGGAGGAGCACACUUGCCUGCCCCUGCUCUUCCACCUGGGCAGGGACCCUGGAGAGAAGUACCCCAUCAGUUUUGCCAGUGAGGAGUACCAGCGGGCCGUGGAGCGCGUCUCGGCGCUGGUGCAGCAGCACAAGGCCACCCUGGUGCCAGGCCAGCCCCAGCUGAACGUGUGUGACCAGGCCGUCAUGAAUUGGUCCCCUCCAGGCUGUGAGAAGCUUGGGAAGUGCCUGAAAGCGCCCGAGUCUGAUCCUAAGAAAUGCUCUUGGCCUCACUGAUGGCUGCAGCCCUCCAGAGCUUCCCAGAGGCGGCUGGACACGCAGCUUCCAAUGCCUGCUCCUGUUGGCACUCCUGUUUACACGGGAAGGGUGUGAUGGGUGCAUGAUAUCAUCACUUGCUCUCCCAAAAGGGCCAGUGUUUAUAUUCCUCGUGCUCAGGGUUUAGCCUCUACUCCUCUCUUCUCCCAGCUCCUUCCCUAAAUGGUAACUCCAGAGAGGACUGGUGGGGCUGGAAAAGCUCUCUGGCCAGCCCCGGCUCUGCCAUCAGCUCCGACAUGCCGUGGGUCACCGCUGCUCCUUCCACCCAGCCUUGCUCAGCCGGGUGCCCCAGCAGGAGCCAUGGGACGGGUCAGGAAACUCGGAGCUGCCAGGGAGCCCUGCCCAAACUGCCCGUGUUUUCUUUGCCUGUAACUUGUUGUUUUAACAUUUGAUUUCCGUUGUGAACUCUGGACAUCAACUUGUUUUUCCUUUCUCCCGAAAUUCGUGAGUUCUGGGUGCAAACAGGGGAUCCCUCCUGCUCACAGCCGAGGGGUUUGGAUCCAGGGACAAUGCCCUGAAUUCCUUCCACGUGCAGCUGCAAACAUUCCCUAGGCUGUGGUUUAAGGAAGGGUGGGGAUUGUGUUCAGGUAAGUGUUGGGUUGGGGUUACAGCCCCUGCCAGUGCCUGAAAGGGCUCCAGGAGAGCUGGAGAGGGACUUUGGAGAAGGGCCUGGAGCGCCAGGACACAGGGAAUGCCUUCCCACUGCCAGAGGGCAGGGCUGGAUGGGAUAUUGGGAAGCAAUUCUUCCUUGUAGGAGUGGUGAGGCCCUGGCACAGGUGCCCAGAGCAGCUGUGGCUGCCCCUGGAUCCCUGGCAGUGUCCAAGGCCAGGCUGGACACUGGAGCUUGGAGCAGCCUGCGACAGUGGAAUUGGGGUUGCACUGAAGGAGCUUUCAGGUCUUUUCCAACCCAAACCAUUCCAGGAUUCUCUUGCCUGAUUGUUGGUGCAGGACAUUUAUGGGGAGCUGGGGCUCAGGUGUUCAUUUCAGGGCUUUCCCUAAUUUCCAAAAAUCUGCCUAGAGCUGGUCCAGGUCACUGUUCCCAUCUCGUGCUCUGGGCCCAGCCGAGGGCAGGCUCAGCAAUGUCCCUUUGCAUCAGCCCUUAACUCCUGACCCCGUUUCCAGCACACAUUCUCCGAGGAAUUCUCCUUGUGCAAACUUUCCCCAGCCUGGCCGUAGCUCUCCUUUAGCCAGAGUUCCUGGGGAACACAGGGCUUUGCUCAGUUCCACAGGGCAGAUCCCUGCCCUGCCUUGGAGCAGAUCCCUGCCCUUCCCUGUCUGCAGCCAUCCUGUCUGCAGCAAAACCAGGCUCCUCUGCGCCUUCAGGGCACAGCUGGGGGGAGCCCCGAGCAUGUUUGGGGUCAGGCUGAAAGAGGGGCGGUUUAGGUUGGAUAUAGGGAAGGAAUUGUUCCCUCUGAGGGUGGGGAGGCCCUGGAACAGGGUGCCCAGAGAAGUUUGGAGCAGCCUGGGAUGGUGGAAGGCGUCCCUGCCCAUGGCGGGGGGCGGGACAGGAUGAGCUUUUAGAGCCCUUCUCACCCAAACCAUUCCAGGAUUCUCCACUCGUCCCACCAACAGCUCUGCUUCCACCCCUGCAGUGUUUUCCGCAGUACACGUGCCCUCUCGGUGUGGUGUUGUGCUGCCUUAGGAAAAUCCAGGUGCUCUGUACCUGGGAACAGCUCAAAUUCCUUCCCAAGCUGAGCUUGAGAGCUCUGCUUCUGUGCCAGCUGCUGUGCUCCCGCUGGCUCCGGGCUCUCAGCUGCUUGUUCCUACCCCCCUGUCAUCCCAAACAUCCCAUUCUCCCCAUUCCCAUGGUUUAUGGACCUGGAAUCCCCUCCACGGUAACUCUUGAUGUGAAACUGCAUAAUCCCAUAAACCUGGAGUAAGAAUUGAGUCGGCUCUUGCUGUUCCACCUCUCAGAAAUCCCAGCCAGCAUUUCAGGGAUCCCUGCACUUCUGCAAGUGACAUUUGUUUAUAGCCCACAUUUCUUAGGACGUUCCUAAUUGUCCUUCAAGUAUAUCAUGGCAUUUCCAGCUCAUCCAUAACAUUCCUCCUUGUUUAGACACAGCUCAAGGCUCGGGAGAUCCGGCCAGCAGCUCGCUCGGAGCUGAGGUGAGGGCUGCGAGCGGUUGUGGGUCUGUCAGCACAGGGGACCGGGAUAAAACCAGGAACUCCCCAUUUGCUGAGGCUGCUCCACCUCUGCUUUAGGGCUUCUCCAUGUCCAGGGCAGGGAACGGAGCUGGGAAGGGGCUGGAGAAUCCUGAGGGAGCUGGGAAGGGGGCUCAGCUGGAGAAAAUGGGGAUCAGGAGGGAGCUUGUGGCUCUGCACAGCUCCUGACAGGAGGGGACAGCCGGGGGGAGCAGGGACAGGAGGAGAGAUGUGCCAGGGGAGGGUUAGGUUGAAUAUCAGGGAAUUUUAUUCAUGGAAAGGCUGAAAAGCAUUGGCACAGGGCAGCGGUGAUAUCCCCAUCCCUGGAAGUGUUGAGAACCCCGUGGAUGUGGCGCUGAGGUGACCGUGGCGGUGGUGCUGAGGGUUGAACUCGAUGAUCUCAAAGGUCUUUUCCACCCUCAGCAACUUCAGUUGCACAGUUCUGUCACCUGGCGCUGUCAGAGCCCUGCAUUCACUGCAAAACUCCCACCAGAGGAGGGAGUCCAUGGCUGCAGCUCCCUGGCACUCCUGUCAGCCCUCAAAUCCUUGUGAGGUGACACAUCCUGGCGUUUCGUGCUGCUUGGGAAGAGUUCCCCAGGAUCUGAGCUGGACCCUGGCCUGGCCACACUCCUCAGUCCCCAGAAUUUGCCCUGGACACCUCCUCCCUUUCCCCUGCCUGCUGCUUCCUCCUUUUCUCCUUCACAGCUGCACUUUGGAAGAUCCUGCUUUGCCCCUGGAACUCGCUCUGAGCAGUCACGGGGUUCAUCCCCGCUCCAGCACAGCAAACCCUCAUUCCUCCCUGGAAUAAUUUCAGGACACAGAUCCUGGAAGGAAACUUUGCACUUGAAAGCAAGUUAAGUGAGGCCAUGGAGUGUCUGUUUAGAAUAAAAGGACACGAAGCAGAUAAUAAAUAAUCAGGGUUUAAUGUGACAAAGCCUCUGCUUUAAAUUUAAAUAGGAGUAGUUGUUUUACAGCUGGAUAAUAGGAGGAAUCUUAAAUGAAUGCCUUUCCUAAAAGCGUGCAGAUUUAAAAGUUGUGAGGUGAAGAACCAACGAGGGAAAAUAAAUUUAUCAGCAAUGCA